GCCUGGGGUGGUGGGGUAAAAAGAGACAGUGUGGUGACGCACUGAGCAGGGCUGCCCCUAGAAGAGUCCCCAGAGGAAUCUUCAGCUCCCCAGUGGCCCUGGGGUGUUGGCCACGGCUGCCCCAACUCCUCAUGCGGAUGCUGCAAUUACCUCAGAGCAUGAAACCCAGCUUCCCACCUGACUGAGUCAACUGAGAACAACAACACACCUCCUCGCCACACACCCGCACGGCCAGCCGGGCACUGCUCGGAGGCAGGGAGCCACGGCGGACAGAGGCACAGAGGCGAGCUGGGGCUGGGGCUGGGACGAGAUGGUACAGGGGAAGCAGCAGAGGCCAUUCCUGCCCACCUGAGAAGAACUAUCUCUGACCCCCGGAAGCUGCUCUCACUCCGGCUCCAGUAAGUGCUGCUUCUUCCUCUCGGGGUUUUUCCACUGCCCUAUCAAGUAACCAGGUCACUCCUGGCCCUCUGGGAAACUCCUGCCGCCAAGAACUCGCAGCACUCUGCUCCCCUCUUCCUGGGACCUCGUCUCACUGUCCGUGAUGCUGGCCUGAGGUCUGUGCUGGGCAGAAAGCUGGAGGCCUCUGCUGGAAGCCUGUAUGGACUGUCUCCCAUUUCUUGUCACUCACUGCUCCAGCAGGGACCAAAUGGUCCCCAGCCACUCUUGAACUGGACUCCUAAGGUCUGCUGGCUCCCUAGGUCCCAUGGACACCUGGCGGAAAGGCUCCUUUCGCAAUGCCUCCUUCUUCAAGCGGCUGAGCCUGGGGCGGCCUCGGGGACUCCGACGGCAGGGCAGUGUGCUGAGCCAGGCCAGCCUGGCUGGCGGGGACCAUGAGGAGUACAGCAACAGAGAGGUCAUCCGGGAGCUUCAAGGGAGGCCGGAUGGCCGGCGCCUGCCACUGUGGGGGGAUGAGCAGCCUCGGGCCACCCUUCUGGCCCCACCCAAGCCCCCACGCCUCUACCGAGAGAGCUCCAGCUGCCCCAACAUCCUGGAGCCCUCACCUGCCUACACUGCUGCCUACUCGGCUACCCUGUCCUCGGCGCGUUCCCUGGCAGGCCCCCUCCACGAAUACUCCAAGGGGGACCUUGUGGACACUCCCCCCCCCUUCCAGAGGACACCUGCUCCAGACCUUAAUGACCCCUUCUUCUCCUUCAAAGUGGACUUGGGGAUGUCACUUCUUGAGGAAGUUUUACAGAUGCUGAGGGAGCAAUUUCCCAGUGAGCCCAGCUUCUGAAUAGGGGGAGGGUGGGCAGAGGUGCGGUGACUGGAAGAGCCGAAAGCCUGGGGACCCAGGGAAGGAAGGCAUAGUUGUGGAUUAAGAAAAAGGUGCAACCCUGGCCAGUUUGGCUCAGCGGCUGGAGUGUCGGCCUGUGGACCAGAGAGUCCCAGGUUCGGUUCCCGCUAGGGGCACGUACAAAAAAAGAAAAAAAAAAGAAAAAGGUGCAGAUAGAAAUCCAGGGCCCUGCCUGCCCUCUGGGUCCUCAACAGUCCUCCGGGCCACCCCAAGUAGAGGGAGAGGCGUAGAGGCUGGAAACGUGCGGGACACUUGCUGACAAGAGCCCUAAAGGCAGCGGCUGAGCUGGGAAGGGGACCAGGCAGAGGCCAGUAGAGGAGUGGGGGGCACAAGGGGCGAGUCAGGGAGUGGACAGAUCAGAUGAUCUGCCCCAGCCCCCUCUGAAGCUACUGACAACAGAGAGAGGUGACAAGACGGGUCUAGGGGAAGUGGGGAGACCUGAGGGGAGAGGAUGAGACAGGCUUGACUUUGUCCAGUAUGGUAGCCACCAGCUAUAUGUGGCUGUUUACAUUUAAAUAAUUGAAACUAAGUAAGAUUAAACAUUUAGUUCCUCAGCAGCACUACUGCAUUUCAAAUGCUCAAUAGCCACACACGACUAAUGGCUGCCGCAUUGGAUGGUGGAGGUGAACACCAACCUCGUGGGCAAGUCUGUCAGACUUGCUGGCCCAGGCCGUGGCUGGGAGCCCCAGUCGGGGGUGGAAGUGCGGGGCCUGCAACAGAGGGGAGGGCUGGCAGAGGAGGAAGAGAGAGGCAUGUAGAGAUAACCAGUAUAAGGAGAAGGCCACACAAACCGUCAGCAGGAAGGGGCACACGAGUCAAGCUGCCAGCACAGCUGCCUGGAGCAGACGCUGGUGCCUGAGGAAGGUGGUUCCAAGGAAAUGCCAGCCGAAGGCUGCCUGGGGAGUGCCCAGGUUAUUACCAACGGGAGCCCUUGGGAAAUGCAGCAAGAACAAUGGCAGCUUUCCCUCCACCCUGCCCCUGAGAACACAGGAGGACUGAACC